CGCGUCGAGUGAUUUCUGUGGAAAAUUAAAAAAUUGCCGCUAAUUGGGCUGGGUGGUAGUUCGGGGGGUAUUUAUCUCGGUAAAUGGGUGGGUUUUGAGAGCAUGCGGGUCUUAUUCGCGAGUCGUCGUGGUGGAAGUUGUCGAUGCGCUGUUGGUAGCAGUUGUCAGUAGGACGUUGUAAAUUUGACGGUUGUGUGGCAGCUAGGCUAUCAGUUCAGUUUUAUCGCAGUUAAACUGUGAUAAGUAAUACAGCAAUUAUAUGGACACAAAAACGCUGAGAGCAGGUGUUUAACGCGCACGAGUGUAUAGUAAUGUUUUGUGUUCUCUCAUGCGCGUAGAAGUGCAACAUUUAUGUUAGGAGCUCGAAGAAAAUAAGCGAAAUUCCCAAAAAUGCCUCUGUUUGGUAAAGAGAAGAAAACCAAAAAAGAUGGGAAAGACUCAGAUAAACAACCUUCAAUUGAUGACAAAUAUUACUUGAAGGAGUUACUUGGCACGGGUGCCUUUUCCGUCGUCAGGUUAGCCGAGAGUAAAGAUAGACCGGGCCAAAUGUACGCCGUCAAAAUAAUCGACAAAAAAGCUUUAAAAGGUAAAGAAGAUUCGCUCGAAAAUGAAAUUAAGGUGCUUCGAAGAUUAACUCAUCCUAAUAUUGUACAGUUAUUAGAAACGUUUGAAGACAAAUCGAAAGUUUAUUUGAUUAUGGAACUAGUAACGGGGGGCGAAUUGUUUGAUCGCAUCGUCGAAAAGGGUUCAUACACAGAAAAAGACGCAGCUGAUCUCAUAAGGCAAGUUCUAGAAGCCGUAGAUUACAUGCACGAACAAGGUGUGGUCCAUCGCGAUUUAAAGCCCGAAAACCUGCUCUACUAUAGUCCAGACGAAGAUAGCAAAAUUAUGAUCAGCGAUUUUGGUUUGUCUAAAAUGGAAGAUUCAGGCAUCAUGGCAACAGCCUGUGGAACUCCGGGCUAUGUCGCUCCUGAGGUUCUUGCGCAGAAACCGUACGGGAAAGCGGUUGAUGUUUGGAGCAUAGGUGUCAUAUCCUACAUUUUACUUUGCGGUUAUCCCCCUUUUUACGAUGAAAAUGAUGCAAAUUUAUUUGCACAAAUCCUCAAGGGCGAAUUCGAAUUUGAUUCGCCGUAUUGGGACGAAAUCAGUGAUUCUGCGAAAGACUUUAUUAGACAAUUGAUGUGUGUUAAUGUGGAGAAGCGUUAUUCUUGUCGUCAGGCUUUGGCUCAUCCUUGGAUAUCUGGAAAUGCAGCCAGUAAUAAGAACAUUCACGGUACUGUAUCUGAGCAGCUUAAAAAGAAUUUCGCAAAAUCUCGUUGGAAGCAAGCAUAUCAUGCUACUACCGUGAUUCGACAAAUGCAACGAAUGGCGCUAAGUAGUGGUGGUAGUGGGGGACGGAGCCCGAUACCACAACGUAGUAUGUCCACUGGUGAACCAUGUGGGAGCCUAAAUGGUGCCCAAGAUAAGUAAUCAAAUACUGUAACUACUUGUUAAUUUCUGCUACCUACGCAUUUUACUUGGGAUCGAAAACAUGUUCUUAAAAUUAGUUAUAUUUAUGGAAGUUAAAUUAGUUAAGACAUUGAUAACUUAUUUUAAGGUCAUGGUUUUUUAAGCUAUUAUGGUCCGAAGGCCAUAGCUCACUUAAGAGAAGACUUCCAAACAUAAUAACGAUGUGAUGUAUGUAUCAUGGCAAACGUAACAGUGUGUAAAAUUAUCCAACAACUAAUAGCAUAUCUGUUAUUUUGCUUUGCUGAUAUGGAAUCGAUUUUUAUAUGUUUUACUUACUUUUUUUACUUAUUUUUAUUUUUGUUCAAAUAAACGAAAGCUCUCUUUCAGACAUACUUAUGUUUUAUUAGACUUAGUCUUUUUUUACUUAUUAUUUUUUUAUUAUUGUCCAUUGGUUACAAGGCCCGAUUUUUAAAAGGUCCGGUUCGCCGUGGAAAAGAAUCCAUCCGACAUAUAUAUAUUUUGAAAAGUCGCGAAUAACAUUACACAUUUUGUGUACCUUCGUCGGAACCGUGCCGGCCAUAGAUUGGAGUUACUAUUUUAUAUUUAUAUAUACAAAAAGAUCGUCUGGGGUACUAGAUGCAGGUCCAAACUUCUACGACGAUUAAAAAAUGCAGAUUUUUUUUUAGGCUACUGCAACAAUUUGGCGGAGAAGUUUUUGACCAUCGACAAUAGGCUCCAGAGGAUUUGCGGGUUGGUGAUAACGUUGUAGGCACAUAUUGGUAUUGUUGCGACCUUAUUAAAAAACGAGCCUCGUAAGUUGUGGCUUCUUAACAGUUACGGUAUUAUAUGAUUAUUCUAAAAGAGUUCCGUAAUUACUUAGUGUAUAACAUAAGGAUAUAAAUCAGACAAAGUAAAUGUUGAAUAUCAAUAAUAAUAAUAAUAAUAAUAUAUGAAUAAUAAUAUAAUAAUAGAAAGCAAAUGUUAUUGCUAUGUGACACAUAAAUCUCGCAAUUUACGUUUUCAGUUGUGACUAUAGCGGAGUCGUAGGUUUCAUCAUGACAUUACAGAAUUGUUCAGACCUGAGGAGAAUGAUUUAUUUUGUUAUGUUGUUAUUGUUCCAAGCAAUAUUAAAUGUUAGAAAUGUUAGUAGUAUUAAAAACUAAACAGAAAUACACUACCUUCUAAACACAUAAUGCUUGCUUAAGACAUAAAUGUAUUAUUCUAUGUGAAUUUGAGUUUUUUAUUAUUAUUUUUUUUUUAUAUAUGUUCCAACUAACUGCAGUAUAUCAUGUUCAACAUUAUUUUCAGAAACGUCGGUCGUCAGAAACUUCAUUUUUCACUUACACUGAAAGUAUUUUUUGAGAUUAUUAUACUAACAGGUGGCCUACAUUAUAGCCUAUUGAUCGGCCAUUUUGAAAUGAUAUUAUAUCCGUCCUUUGGAUUAUGUUACAUUGUGAUUUCGUAAAAUUGGCCUUGAAUUUUGAACAUGAUAUACGUGAACGUAGUUUAUUUUUUCUCUAAACUCACAAACAUGUGAUAUGUACUAUAUUUCAUAUCUAUUUUAUUUAUUUCCUUACAAAGUGUAAAUUGUAUAAACGAACUAAGUAGAGUUUCAGUGUAUAUUUUUAGGAAUUUGUUGUUUUUGCACUGCAUAUAUACGCCUGUGUAGCAUAAAAUAGAUAUUUAGUUUUAUAUUUUUACUAAAUGUACAAACUGCUACAAAUGGUUUAUCAGGUGUAUAUUUCUUAAUACAUUCUAUGUAAUUUUUUUAGUUAAAUAAUACUGUGAUGUUAUACAGUAAGACAUUUAGUAUACAGUUAUCUUCCUAAUCAUAGGAGGUGAGUUUUUAUUUCUCCACAUAGAACUAUCAAUUUCGUCAUACCGCCGCCAUUGAAGGGCGCGUUAUUCAAAUUAUGGGAGAAAUAAAAACUCACGUGUAGCGAGCAAGUGUAGAAUAAUUUCACCAAACGUUUCUUCACAUUCCAAUUAUGAUUUCUGCAUUUAUUUUAGAAAAUUUGUAUUCAAUUUGGAAACAAAAGCAUACAUCGAUCAGCUGUUACGCUGUUUCUUUUACUUAAUUUCACCGUUUGAUAGGUAAAAAAAACGCUAUGAUGUUUUAAAAAGAUGUGUAUAUACUAAUUUAAGCAAUUGUAUAUGACCACUAAAUGCAAUGUAGUAUUUUGCGAAAACUAGCUUUUUUGUAAUUUUGUAAUUGGUUUAUGACGAUUAGACAAAGCUGUAGCGUUGCUUAUAUUGGUUUAGUCUCUAAAAUAAAAAUGUUCAUUGGAAUGCAGUGUUCAAAUAUUUUAAAUUUUAAUUAUUGUUAAUAAUACUUUGUUUCUACCAUGAUUAAUAUAUUUUGUAAUGUUCUAUUGUUAAAUAUAUGAUGGGUUUAAAAAUAGAAGUUUUAACAAC